UGACAUUUGUGAGAAAGAAGCCAGAAGCCGAAAAAUUCAAUUUUCAACUUUUGCUGACAGUAAACGAGAAAUUAAUAUAUUGAAUUAUUUAUUAUCAUAACAGUCUUUUUGUAGUUAUUGUGAUAGAAGUGACAGAUAAGCUAAAUUAUAUCUAAAAUGGCAGGUGUUGAAUCCAUGGUAGUUGAAGAAAAACCAGUACCUGGUAAACCGAUUGAUCGCGAAAAGACUUGUCCUCUUCUUUUAAGAGUCUUUUAUUCUACUGGACGACAUAAUCCUCCAACAGAAUACACACGUGGUCACGUCCCUCAAAACGAACUGCAAAUUUACACCUGGAAAGAUGCCACAUUGCAAGAAUUAGCUUCAUUAGUUCGAGAAGUUAAUCCAGAAACAAGACGUAAAGGAACUUACUUUGAUUUUGCCCUGGUAUUUCCCGACUUUCGUGGGAAUGGUUAUCGCAUGAGAGAAAUUGGCAUAACUUGUUCUGGACAAAAAGGCACUGACGACUCCAAAACUUUGGCUCAAGCCAAAUUUACAAUAGGAGACUAUUUAGAUAUUUCAAUUACACCACCAAAUAGGUUACCACCCCCGAUGAGGAGGCCUCCAAUGCAUAAUCGUGCACAUUUUUAAACAUUAAUUUAAAGUUGACGAAUUACUUGAAAUCUUAAGAAAUAAUUAUGUUUUAAAAAUAAC